GAGCAGUGGCAGCUUGCUGCCGUCUCCGCACAGCCUGCCCAGACAGGUCUGGGGGGGAGGUGGAGGGAGGUAUUCCACCCUCCUUUCCCACUUUCAUGUGUUCUAUCCUGCCUCAUAACUACAAAAAAAUUUGUUGUAACAUCGUUAGAACUAGCGAUUUAUCUCUCCAAAGCCAGUAUCACUGGGUUUUGUUUGCCUUCCUGUUCAGAUCUCAAGGAAUGGUGUCAAUGGACAAGAAGCAAAAGCAAAAAAGGAAAAGCAACUGACUUUCUGUGAUAAUGGACAAAGGCUGUGGCAGAGUUUAGCACAAGUUCUCUCCCGUGCAAGCACAACAGACUGGCGCUCAUUAACAAAAGUAAAACAAUGUGAAAAAGGAUUAAAAGAAAGUCUCAGGUGCCAGUACUCUCAGCAGAUAUUGUGUGGUGCCGGUACUCUAAAGAGAAAAAUAAAGAGGUGCUGGUGUUGCAUACUUUCAGACUGAUACACAGGACCUGGUUUAUUUACAGCCAUAAACAUCUAAGCAAUGGCUCACCAAGAGACCCAGACCUCGCUCCCCAACCUCUUGCUGGAGUAUCUGGAGGAGCUCGAUGGUGAACAGCUGAAGAAGUUUAAAUGGAAACUGAGUCACACAAAGUAUAAAGAGUUAAAGCCCCUUCCCAAGGGUCAGGUGAAGGACUUGGAUAAAACAGACCUUGCCGACACGAUGAUAAGUUACUACAUGGAAGUUGGUGCUCUUGAAGUCACAAUAGAAAUCCUGAAGAAAAUGACCCUGAAUGACCUUGCUAAGAGACUGUGUAACCGAGUACGAAGUGAGCUGGGUGACAUAUUGGAGAAAAGGGAACUUAUGCUGGACAGAAUAAAAUGUAACCUGAAGAAUAAAUUUGAGUUUGUAACUGAAGGGAAAGCUAAGGAAGGGGAGUCAACACUUCUCAAAGAGAUUUACACAGAACUCUACAUAACUAAAGGUGGACCUGGAGGAGUCAAUGAUGAACAUGAAGUGAGACAGAUUGAAACAGCACCCAAGAAAAGGCGAACAGAAGAUACUACAGUCAAGUGCAAUGAUAUAUUUAAACCUUUAUGUGGGCUUGAGACACCUAUCAGAACUGUACUCACUAAAGGGGUUGCAGGUAUCGGGAAAACAGUCUCUGUGCAUAAAUUUAUUCUAGACUGGGCAGAAGGAAAAGCAAACCAGGACAUUCACUUCAUAUUUGCUCUUCCUUUCCGGAAUCUGAAUUUGCUUAAGGGUGAAUUCAGUCUGAUUGAACUUCUUCACCACUUUGACCCAGAACUAAAGUUAUUUCAAUCCACUGAGCUGUUUAGGUGCAAGAUCUUGUUCAUCUUUGAUGGUCUGGAUGAGUGUCGCCUUCCUCUAGAUUUUCAGAACAAUGUGAGCUGGUUUGAUGUAAUGAAGAAAACAUCACUGGAUGUGCUGUUGACUAACCUCAUUAUGGGGAAUCUGCUUCCAUCUGCUCUCUUCUGGAUAACCUCCAGACCAGCAGCAACCAAUCAGAUACCUCCUGAGUGCAUCCACCAGGUGACAGAGAUACGAGGGUUCAGUGAUGCCCAGAAGGAGGAGUAUUUCAGGAGGAGAUUCAGUGAUGAGAGCCUAGCCAGCAGGAUUAUAACACAUGUGAAAUCAUCAAGGAGCCUCUUCAUCAUGUGCCACAUACCUGUGUUCUGUUGGAUUUCAGCCACUGUUCUUGAAAGUCUUUUUUGUGAGACUGACAGUGGAGAAAUUCCAAGGACUCUGACUGAAAUGUACACACACUUCCUGAUCUUUCAGGCAAGUUUAAAAAAUGACAAGUAUAGGCUCCAGACCUCUGCGACCCAGAAUAGGCGAAGCUGGUACAGAAAACUGAAGGAUGGAUGGAUGAAAAAAAAUGAAACCAAGAUCAUUAAAUGCUUCCUUAUAAAACUCGGUAAACUAGCUUUUCAUAACCUUGAGAAAGGCAAUCUCAUAUUUUAUGAGAAAGAUCUGGAACAGAGUGACCUUGAUGUCAGAGAAACUUCAGUUUACUCUGGAGUGUGCACAGAAGUCUUUAAAAAGGAAUAUGGGUUGUAUCGGGAAAAGGUGUACUGCUUUGUGCAUCUGAGCAUCCAGGAGUAUCUUGCCGCUUUAUAUGUGGUUCUAUCAAAAUCAUCAGCUAGCCUACUGAAGACUGCAGUGAAACAGGCAUUAAACAGCAAGAAUGGACAUUUGGACCUCUACCUCCGCUUCCUCCUGGGCCUCUCAACAGACUCCAGUAAGACACUGUUAGAAAGGCUACUGGGACAGACAAGACUCAGCUCACAUAACAUUGGGAAAACAGCCCAAUACAUCAAGGGGAAAAUAAAGGAGAAUUUAUCUCCAGAAAGGACCAUCAACCUGUUCCACUGUCUGAAUGAACUAGGUGACAAUUCUCUAGUAGAGGAGGGACAAAGAUACCUGAAUUCAGGAAGACUUUCAGCAGAAGAUCUCUCACCUGCACAGUAUUCAGCUCUGGCCUUUGUGUUACUGAUGUCAGAAGAGGAGCUGGAUGUGUUUGAUCUGAAGAAAUUCUUCAGAUCAGAUAAUGAACACUGGAGGCUGCUGCCUGUGGUGAAGACAUCCAAGACAGCUCUCCUGAACAGCUGUAAUCUCACAGAGAAAUGCUGUGAUGCGUUGGCUUCAGCUUUAAGAUCAAACUCCUCACCCCUGAGAGAGCUGGACCUAAGCAACAAUGAGCUGCAGGAUUCAGGAGUGAAGCUGCUCUCUGCUGGACUGGGGGAUUCACACUGUAAGCUGGAGAUACUGAGGUCAGUCCAGUUUGACGGUACAAAUACUAAACUGGUACGUUAAUAUUAUAAAGUGUUUCUGUGGCUGCAAUGCAAGUCAGACAAUCGAACCGCUGCACUCACACCAUUUCAUUCCCACUAAGUAGGUACCAAUUUACAAUUUUUACUUUCCAGUUCUUUAUAUUUUUCAGAAAAGAGGACAUGAUGCACAUGUUUUCUUUUAGUAUUGUCAUACUGAUUUAAUAUUGUUAUACUUUAUACUAAAGUGAAUGUAUCAGCUGGACUUUUCACAGUUUCAUAACAGAGAAACCUAAAUCACAUUUGCUCUGUGAGAGCAGUCUGAUGUGUUUUACAGAGACUUGGCUACAUAGUGAUGUGCCGGAUUAUAAUAUUACACUGGGUGGCUUCAGCGUGAUAAGGAGUGACAGGACGAAGAGUGAGAGUGGUAAGAGGAAAGGAGGGGGGCUGGCUGUUUACAUCAAUGACGUGUGGUGUAACCCCGGUCAUGCGACUGUUAAGGAGCGCGUUUGUAGUCCGGAUAUUGAAUUGUUGGCUGUCGGACUUCGCCCAUAUUAUUUACCCAGAGAAUUCUCUCAUGUUAUAAUAACUGCUAUGUACAUUACUCCGUCCGCGAACACAGCCGCAGCGUGUGAUGUCAUCCACUCAGUCACCGUCAAACUCCAGACCCGGCACCCAGAUGCCUUUAUCCUGAUCUCCGGCAAUUUCAACCACGCAUCCUUGAAAAAGACUCUCCCCACUAUCACGCAGUAUGUGGAUUGCCAUACCAGGGGGGAUAGGACACUUGACUUUCUGUAUGCUAAUGUUAAAAGUCCUUACAGUGCUACAGCCCUGCCCCCUCUGGGGAAAUCAGAUCAUAACCUAGUUUAUCUCCAGCCAAUAUACAAACCCCUGGUUCAGAGGCAGCCUGCUACAGUGAGAUAUGUGAGAAGGUGGUCAGAAGGAGCCACUAAUGUUCUAAGGAUUGCUUUGAGGCUACAAACUGGGAAGUUCUCUGUGAACCAUAUAAAGAGGACAUUGAUGGUAUGACAGACUGCAUUACAGAGUAUAUAAAUUUCUGUGUGGAGACCUGUAUACCUAUGAGAAAUAUUCGCUGUUUCACCAACAAUAAACCCUGGGUCACCAAGGAUAUUAAAGCUUCCUUAAAUGAGAAAAAAGGGCUUUUAGGUCAGGUGAUAAGGAAGCAGCGAAGAAGGCUCAAAAAAUGUUGGCUGUCAAAAUUAGGGAGGGGAAAGAGUCUUAUCGCAAAAAACUGGAACAAAGGAUGAAGAAUAACAACAUGAGAGAGGUGUGGAGAGGCAUGAGGAGCAUUACUGGCUACAAGAUGAGUGGCCAAGCUAUUGAGGGUGAUGUGGAACGUGCUAACGAUCUCAACACCUUCUUUAACAGAUAUGAUGUCCCCUCGUGUCACACCACCAUCAACUUCAGCUUUAACCCUUAGGAGUCUG